GCUUGCUGUUAGCUGCCAGCGCUAGCUUGCUGUGCUGGUGUGUGAGGGGAACCUCUGAGGCUCUGCAGCAACAAUGUCUUCAGCUCAGUCUCUGAGAGAGGUGAUCAGAGAGCGGCUAACUGCUGCUGCUGCAGAAAUCUUCUCCGAGUUUGAAAAAACCAUCGUCCGCUACGAGGAAGAGAUCGAUCGUCAGCGCAGACUGCUGGAGAUCAGCUGGAAACCACAGAUCAACUUACACAGAAUAGAACUCCCACUGCAUUAUGUCAGGACACAUGAGGAGGUUCUGACUGACCAGCAGCUCUGGAACCAGGAGAGGACCUCCAGUUUGGAGCAGGAACAAGCAGAACCUUUACAGGAGGGACCAGAACCUCCACAGAUGAAAGUGGAGCAGGAUGAGCCAGAACCUUUGCAGAUUGUAAAACAAGAGGAGCUCUGCAUCAGUCAGGAUGAAGAGCAGUGUGUAGUGAAGCAGGAGACGGUGACCUCCCUUGUGACUCCUGCUGGUGAGGAAAGAGACCACGAUGAAGCAGAACCAGACAGACACCAACUCCUUUUGUCACUGUUUCCUGAGGCUGAGAUCAGAGCUGCUGCUGCUCCGGGGUCAACAGAACUUCCACAGCAUCAUAUCUGGGAAAAAGAAGAUGUUCUGACUGACCAGCAGCUCUCUGACCAAGAGUCAACCUCCAGAUUGGACCAGGAGGAACCAGAACAUCCACUGAUCACAGAGGACCAGCCAGAACUCUAUAUCCAUCAGCAUGAAGGGCAGUUCCUUUUGAAGCAAAAGCAUGUAACCUUCGCUGAGACUUCUCCUUCUAACGAAACAGACUGCCAUGAUUCAGAACCCAACAGGAACCAACCCUUGAGUCAGAAUUCUACAGAAGUAGAGAACCAAGAUCAGGGUGGAUGCAGGAAAGAAAACUCAGAAUCAAACAGCAAUGAAGAAAUGACACGUAAUAAAAGACGUCUGCGAAGCGAAGAUCACAGAAACAAUGAAGAUGUUCAGACACGAAAAAAGCACAAGAGGGCUCACAUAGGUGAGAGGCCAUUUUAUUGUAAGCUCUGUGGAAAAUCUUUCAGUUACAAGUCUUUUUUAUGUCGUCACAUGAGAACUCACACAGGUGAGAAGCCAUUUUCAUGUAACACUUGUGGUAAAUGUUUUAGUGUCAGUAGUGUUUUGACUAAACACAUGAGAACUCACACAGGUGAGAAGCCAUAUCCAUGUAACACUUGUGGUAAAUGUUUCAGUGUCAGUAGUAACUUGACUACACACAUGAGAACUCACACAGGUGAGAAGCCAUAUACAUGUAAAACUUGUGGUAAAUGUUUUAGUGACAGGUGUGGCUUGAUUUAUCACAUGAGAACUCACACAGGUGAGAAGCCAUAUCCAUGUAAAACUUGUGGUAAAUGUUUUACUGUCAGUAGUGGCUUGACUAAACACAUGAGAACUCAACACAUGUGAAAAGUAUUUUCCAAGUUUGGUCUGUAUGAGAUUCAGCCAGAUAUUUUCUUUAACUUCUCAUGUAAAAAUUCACACUUGAAUUUGUAUACAUAAAAAUG